AUGGAUAGAGGUGGCAUACCGGCAAUUGUUUUUUUAAUUCUAUAUUUUGCGUUGUGUUCUUGGGUGUCAAGUUUGUUGUUGUCUAAGCAAGUUUCCUGGAGAUCUCGCUAUACAUCUAUCUUUAUUCACACCACGCUUCGUUUAGCUGCUCAGAUCUGUGGUAUAGGUUAUGCCGUUGCGGGUGUUGAGCACAGCAAUUGGCUCGUCGCCUACUUUGUCUUUGGCGCGGAGGGCUAUUUUACUUUAGUAUGGUGUGCAUUUCGGUUCCUGAUUUCAUUUCAAAAUGAGGUGACCGGUAAUUCGUGGAUUGAACCGAAGCGUGAGGGAAUGAGUUGGAGUGAGUAUUAUAGAAAGAUGCCUCAUUAUCCAGUUCUUUAUUUCCACUAUUCACUUGCCGGAGCUAACGCUCUCAUUAUUGUGGGCUCACUGAAAGGAAUGAACACUGACCUAUCGGAUCCAUCUAGGGCAAGCGAAAUACAUACUGGAGUAAUUCUACGUGAUGUCGGAACAGCGCUCUUCAUGGCAUGGGUACUCGUUCUUGGCUAUUUUUGCUUCCGAUCCUACAAAUAUGCACAAACCCGAAACCAGACUCGCUUCCUCUUUAUCAUAGGGGCUACAGUGAUUCCACUCUUAGUUAGAGGUGUCUAUGGGAUUUUGGCAUGUGAAAUAACUCAGUGGAAUUAUGCGUUACCCGAGAGUUACGAUAGUCAAGGACUCAAACCUGGUGCACUUGCGGCAGAGUACUUGUUAGGUACUACUAUGGAGUGGUCAACUUGCCUUCUAUUGUUAUGCACGAGCUUCAUUUCCCUUGACAACGGCCGAAGCCAGGGGUCAAGUCUACUUAACGAAAAAGUAAAUUCAAAGGACAAAACUCAGCAAGAUGUCCAUUCAGUUGCUUAG